AUGCAUGAGGAACCGACGUCGCCCUCGAUCGCCGGCGCGGGUGCCGGUGCGCCGCCGCCGCUGAAGGAGGAGGAGGAGGACGACGACGAGGAGCAGCAGCAGCGGCAGGGGCGCCGCCAAGACACAGGGCAAAGCGAAGCAGAAGAGGAGCCAGCGCCGCUUUUCUUUCUGGGCGACUCCGCCUUCAGCGUCUACGAAGAGAUGGCGCGGCAGCUGCGGCAGUUGGGGUGGCGCGAAACGCGGUCGAAGGGGCGCAUCGUGCGCUGCGACCUCGUCCUGGGCGACCGCUUCUCGAUUCCCUACGCGCUGCUGCGCUGCGAGCGGUUGCCGGCGACCUCGCGGUACGGCGGGUACCGCUGCAUCAACUACUUCCGCGGCUCGCACCGACUGACGCUGAAGGCGUCGAUGGCGCGGCUCAUUUCCGCCGCGGACGCCACGCACGCCGAGUGGAUGCCGACCUCCUUCGUGCUGGGCGGCGACCAGCGAAAGCGGCCGGACGAUAGGGAGGCCUUCCUGCAGUUGGCGGAGCAGCGGCCGGGGGCGGCGUGGAUCAUCAAACCGAGCAGCGGCAGCAAAGGGAAGGACAUCCUGCUCACGCGCGGCCCCGCUGGCGUCGCGGCGUUCAUCGGGGCGCUGGACCCGAGCAGCCACAGCAUCUUCGUGGCGCAGCGCUACGUGGACCGCCCGCUCCUGUACCGCGGCAGGAAGUUUGACCUGCGCGUGUGGGCCUUUCUCACGGCCCCGUACGACAUCUACGCCUUUGCGCAGGGCAGCUGCCGCACCUCGAGCGUGCCGUACGACGCUGACGACGUCGGCAACACGCUGGCGCACCUAACAAACCACUGCCUGCAGGAGGGCUCCCCGCAGUUUGGGCAGCACGAGGGCGGCAACGAGGUUUGGUUCCCGCAGCUCGCGGCGUACCUGCGUGGGGUCUACGCGGAGGACGUCCUCGGCGCGCGGAUUCUGCCGCAGGUCAGCAACAUCAUCGUGCGCUCGCUGCUGGCGGUGCGGGAGGAGCUGGAGCUGCCGCCCGACGCGCCGUACCGCUGCUUCCAGCUCUUUGGCUACGACCUCCUCGUCGACGACCGGCUGAAUGUCCUCCUGCUGGAGAUCAACGGCUCCCCCGGCGUGGCGACGAAAUAUUUAGAGCCGCUCGUGCGGGAGGCCCUCGCGCUUGUGGGCGGCGGCGAUGCCCCGCGCGAGUGGGACUUGGACGCCGUGCGGUUUGUGAAGUUGUGGGGCGCCGAGGACGCGCUCCCCGACGGGGCCGCGCGGGCGUGA